AUGCCUCUGAUUGAUAUAACGAAUCCUGCAGUGAUUAUAUUUCUUAUAGAAAAUUACGAAAAAGAAAACCGACUGCGGUUAAAUUGGAUCCACAAACAUCGCGAGAAAAUUCAGCAAGCUGCUACUCUUAACCGAGAACCAACUAAUUAUUUUGAAACUGAUGUCAUUGCUCACACUAUGAUUGAAGGAUUGGCGACGACGACUAGAGACCAUAUUGUUGCUGGUAGUAAUAGAAGAAAGAAAGGUCUACGGGAUGGUAAAUUCAUACCAGGAGUCAAACAUUUACGUCACGGUCAUUCGAUAGUAGACGUCAAUCUUGGAGACCCAGCAAAAGACUGCAGACUUAAAAGACCCGAUAGUGAUUUAUCAUUGGAUCCAAUUAUGCGUCCAGUUGAUACGCAACUAAACGAAAUCAUCUAUAAACCAAAACCCGAAUUCGGCAGAAAACAGUAUUUGAAAAAACGUUCGGAAUCAUGGCUCGAGAAUAAAUACUAUUUCGCUGAAUGUUGCAAUUGGGAUUAUGGCUGGCGAAUGAAAGACAGUGCUCUUCAUCAGAAACCGUUGUACGGUAGAUGUUGGCAUCUUACGCGUAAUUUACGCUCUCGAGUCGGUCCUCAGCCUGACCCAUCCCAUUAUAAGUCAUCGGAGCUUCCAGGUCCAACUAAAUUCGUAAGCAUUUAA